AUGAAUCCAAACACAACGCUAUGCCUCGCUUGCUCGUCUUCGCUCCCACCACGUCUGCUUACGCAGACUGCGGUCGGCAAACACUCCUCCGAGCUUUUCCUGACAAAGUGCUGCGCUCGACCGAUCUGCCCUACUUGUCUCGCGCGUAAUCCACGCCUUGCACGAUACGAUCCCUGUUUAGCCUGCUUGGGAGGUGUGCGUGCCGUCGGGAGUGGUCAAAGUUCGACCGACGCGCCGAGGAAUAUAGAUGCGGCGAUACGCGAUGAGGAUGUGUAUGCUAUCGGCGACGAUGACGAUGAAGAAGAUGCCGAUCCAGGAGAGACGUCCGCGGGUAGCAGUGGUGGUAGCGAUGGUCUACCUGCGCCAGCUACACCGCCGCCCGCGUAUGCGACUGAAUUACCGAUCCAAGGCUUGACGAAUCCGGCUACCCCUACAUCCUCUACGCCAAGCCAAGACGAUGGCACGAACGAAAAGAUGGAAGAAGACGUACCAAGAAGGUACUACAUCCGCAAGGGCGAUACACUGCUUGGUAUUGCCUUACGCCAUGGAGUGGAUGGUCGCGCUCUUUGUAAACUGAAUAAUCUUCCGCCGAGCACACUCAAUACUACACCGCACAUCCUACAUACGCGAACUUUCAUCCUGCUCCCGCCUUAUGCCAAGAGCGGUAGCACGAGUCCGCCGCCGCCGCCGGAUCCUGAGAUGGAAGCGCGACGCGCGCGUGAACGCGCGAGAAAGCGCUUUCAAUUCGUAACCAAAGAAGUAGAUUGGCGUGUUGCACAAGCGUAUGUGGCGCUCGCGGACGAUGAACCGGGCCCUUCGGGCCGCAUGGCCAUGGAUCAUAAAGCCGCCGAGAAGGAGAAGGCCAAAGUAGCUCAUGACAGCGAUGCACCUCCUGCGGCGAGGCUCGAAGGGCGUGCUGUUGACAGCUACCUGGAUGAUACUGACUGGGAGGAACGCGAAGUACGGGCCGGUCGGGGAGUACGUAUCGAACGGCUUCCUCUGGCUGGCGGAAGUAGCCGAGGCGAAGACGCCCAGAAGACUUCUGGAUGGAGAUGGCGCGGCUGA